AUGGAUAAAUCCCAUGUCUACUCGGGCAACAGGCUGCAAAACUGGAAGCGAAAACCGCUGAAAAACUCACCAGAAAAGAAGAGCACGACGAAUCCAGCGACUCCAUCUGAGGGGUCAUCGCACAGAUUCUUCGAGGAUCUUUUUUCGAAGUUCGAUCCAACUACUGUAAAUAACUCCAUUCUGGAUGCAGCCAGAGAAUUGUGCGCUGAAUAUUUGGGCGGAGCUUGGUCUACGAUCGACAAUACGCAAAUCGUACUGAAGAAGUUGAGUGGUGGUUUGACAAAUCUGGUGUUCCUCUGCGAACUUUCACCAGAUGUGGUCACCCUUAUGUGUGAACCAAGAUCAGUUUUACUUCGUAUUCAAACUCAAUCGGACAGCUUGCAGUUGAUGAGGGAAAUCGCUGUAUUCAUAAGUCUGAGUGCGCAUGGUUAUGGACCGAAUCUUCUCGCCGUGUUCCCUGGUGGUCGAAUUGAAGAAUUUAUCCCAAGUCGAACUCUCACAAAGGAGGAGUAUAUUAGUGAAAGAAUUUCGAAACACUACCUCGAAGAAUCUGUGCGAUGA